AUGGACAUAGACUAUGUUAUAAGGAAAGAUGAACCACCUACAAUCACUGAUGAAAGUAGCCCAGCUGACGUUGCGCUAUAUGAGCAGUGGGAGCGAUCCAACCGGCUCAGCGUGAUGUUCAUCAAGACCAAAAUCUCGGCUGGGAUACGUGGUUCUGUUGACCAGCAUGAAAAGGUCCAAGAAUUGCUUAAGGCCAUUGAUGACCAGUUCAUCACUUCAGAUAAGACUUUAACAAGCACCUUGAUCAUGAAGUUCUCUUCUCUUCGGCUCACCAGUGUGAAAGGUGUGCGUGAGUACAUCAUGAAAAUGCGAGAUAUUUUAGCUCAACUUAAGAAACUAGAGGAAGAAGAAAGGCUUGUAAUGGAGAUGAGUGAUAGUACAUUGUUGACUACUUAUGGGAAGAACAAAGCAAUUAAGUCUCAAGCUAAUCAGAAGGGGAAUGGUAAAAUACCACCUCAAGCUGAUAUUAAGAAGGUGACAAAGUGUUUCUUUUGCAAGAAGAAGGGACACAUGAAGAAGAAUUGCCCCGGGUUCCAGAAAUGGCUUGAGAAGAAAGGAUUUUCUGUUGAUACAUUGUUCAGGAUUGGUUACCGUUGGAUUACACAAUUACUUGCCCUUGGAUGUUAUGCAAUGCUACUUAUGCCCGGUUUUUUACAAGUUGCAUAUUACUAUUUCUUCACAAGCAAAGUAAAGCGAAGCAUUGUUUAUGGAGAUCAGCCUAGAAACAGGUUGGAUCUGUAUCUACCCGCCAAUAUUGGUGAACCUAAGCCAGUUUUGAUAUUUGUAACUGGGGGAGCAUGGAUUAUUGGGUAUAAAGCAUGGGGCUCCCUUUUAGGACUACAGUUGGCAGAAAGAGGCAUUAUAGUGGCAUGCAUUGAUUACAGGAUUUAUCUAAUGGGGCAAUCUGCUGAUGCUCAUAUUUCUUCUUGUGCUUUACUGGAGCAAGCAGCCAGAGAAUCGGAAAAAGUAGAGAGUGUUCCUUGGAGCAUUUCCCAGUUAAAAGCUUAUCUUGGUUUAUCUGGAGGAUACAACUUACUGGAUUUAGUGGAUCACUUCCACAAUCGAGGCUUGGAUCGUUCGAUUUUCUUAAGCAUAAUGGAAGGUGAAAAUUCUUUGAAGGAAUUUUCUCCUGAAAUCAAAAUUCAAGAUCCAUGCCUCAAAUCUUCCAUUCCUCACUUCCCCCCUGUAUAUCUGGUCCAUGGAACUGCAGAUUAUUCCAUACCAUCAGUUGCCAGGUUAGUGUAUAGACUUGAAAUUCAUUGGUGGUUAUAUUAUUUUUUACUUAAUUGAAGGAAACUACUUAAGGUUUCAAUUAUAUACAUAUAAGCUGUAUUUUCAUGCUAUAAGUAUAAAUAAAACCUGAUGACUGUUAUGCCGUAAAGAUUGAACAAAGUGUUAGGUUGACUGUCAUAUGCCUAACUCAACCCUCUUUCAAUUUUGGCUUGAGAGUUGGGACUGACUAUGUAAGGAUUGGCAACUAAGCACAUCAUAGGAAGAGUUUGAUGAUCACUAGUUAUCAUAAAAUUAAAUAUCUUUUAUGACAUUGUGGGACGUGCUUUCUUUGUCUACACUACUUGUGUUAUUUGUAUGGAUUAGUAAAUUAAACUAUGGAAUGCUAUAAUUUACUCUUAUAAAUGAAAAAUUCAUUGAUAAAUUUCUUUGCUAGACUUGAAAAUAUUUAUGUCAAAAAGUCUGGCAUUCAUUACACUUUUGUCUACAGAUAGAGGAUGCUAGAACACAAUGUUCUGAUAGGAUGUGACAUUGGGAUAUAUGUUUCUAUAUUAAUUGUAUGAAGGAGUCUU